AGCCACAGCCCCAGCAAUUGUCAACGGCACUAGUAACGGAAAGCCUCCCUCCACCCUCGGCUUCAAAGUCGGCGUAGGAGUCGGAGUCCCCUUCGCAGUCGCCAUCCUCGCCGCCCUCCUCUUCCUCAUCUUCCGCCGCCGAAGAGAAAACACCGCCCCUCCUCUUCCAGCGAACCCCGAAACCUCAGCCAACAACUCGAAUGCUGGCGCCAUGGGCGGUCGCCCGGUUUCCCAACUCCCCCCUUACACGGCAAACAGAUUAGUCGCCGCUGGGCUGGCGAGAAAACCAGUAGGAGGAGUGAGCAGCGCGCCUGACAACAAUUUGCCGGAGCGGCAUUAUACCGUGAACGGUUUCUAUCCUAGCCCUACGCAAAGUCCGCCGCCGGGACAGGGUGCGUAUGGUAGGAGUCAUGGGAGCUCGCCAACUCAGAGUAUGUAUUCAGGUCAAGGAAGUCCGCCUCAGCAGAUGCCGCAAGCAUAUGUCCCUCCUGCGGGCUACCAGGGCCAGGAGAUGUAUGCGGGCCAGCCUCCGCAGCAGCAAAGGGUGGGGAAUAUGGGGUAUUCGCCCCAGAGCGCUGUGUCCUCUGCAUAUCCCACACAAGGUCCGCAUGGGACUGUUUAUCCACCUCAAAAUCCUCACGGGAGUGCUCCCUAUCCCUCGCAGAAUAUGGGGUAUCAAGGUCAGCCUGACUUGGCAUACCAUCCUCAGCCUGGACACGAGAUGUAUGUCCCGCAUGAGAAUGAGGGAGUCAUGAGUUAUCAGGCGAUGCCAGGGCCGGGGCAGGGGCUGCCGUACAUUAAUGAGGUGGAGACGAGCGCGAAUGCUCAUGAGAUGCCGGAGACUCGAAGGAGGUAGAUAUCACUCACUCUCUCACUUGAGUUGGAUGGAGUUUGGGUAUUUUGUGAAGAUUAGUGUGAAUGAUAAUGUGUUUUGGACGAGCCUUGGGGUAAUCUUGAAGUCGUCAGUUUAUGUCAUUUGACUUGCAUCCCAACCGCCCCCCUCCCCUUUUUCGUGUGUUUCUUAGCUCAAGCGAGCUCCUUGAAUGCUCACAAACUUUAACUUGAAAAAUUUCCGAGCAAUUUAUUUUUGGUAUCGAGGUCAGAACUAGUGGAUCACAUCCUCAUAAGCGCCUCUGGGCCCUUUGGCUCUUAAAAACGAGCAGGCACGAAUGU